AUGACGGAUACAGGGGUUGGCAAAUCGAGUAUCGUAUGGCGGUUUGUGGAAGACAGCUUUGAUCCGAACAUCAACCCCACAAUAGGGGCAUCUUUUAUGACCAAGACUGUCCAGUACCAAAAUGAGCUACAUAAAUUCCUAAUCUGGGAUACAGCUGGACAAGAACGAUUUCGGGCCUUGGCACCAAUGUAUUACCGAGGGUCUGCAGCAGCUAUAAUCGUCUAUGACAUCACAAAAGAAGAAACAUUUUCAACAUUAAAGAACUGGGUGAAGGAGCUUCGGCAGCACGGCCCACCUAAUAUUGUCGUGGCCAUUGCAGGAAACAAGUGUGAUCUUAUCGACGUCAGAGAAGUCAUGGAGAGAGAUGCAAAGGACUACGCCGACUCCAUCCAUGCAGUGUUUGUAGAGACCAGCGCAAAGAACGCCAUCAACAUUAAUGAACUCUUUAUAGAGAUUAGUCGAAGAAUUCCAUCCACGGACGCCAACCCUCCCUCUGGCGGUAAGGGCUUCAAACUCCGGAGACAGCCUUCAGAGCCGAAGCGAAGCUGCUGCUGA